UGACGUGGGAAACUCACCGCCCCUCCCCUCUCGAGAGGUUGCUACACGUCACCCCGGAAAGAGGCGUCCGCUCUUGAGCUGGCGGAGACGUGUACUGUCCUGAGCCGUGACCUCUCUUUUCCUCCGCGACCCGGAAGGAGAAAAGGUUGGGCCUGGCUCAAGAUGGCGCCACCCACGCCGCUUCUGGCAGUGCGAGGAUCUGAAGGACUCUAUAUGGUGAAUGGGCCUCCUUAUUUCACAGAGAAUACAGCAUUUCAAAGGGAGUCUGGGAAAAACAGCAAAGUUUUUGCUUUCAGCAAGGAUGGUUCCCUUUUUGCUUGGUGCAAUGGAGAACAAGUAAACAUCGUGAAUGUCACCAGCCACGAGGUGCUGCGUUCUUUUGAUCAGCCAAAGACAGUUUGCCUUGACUUCUCUCCAAAGAGCAAUGUCCUGGUAACAUGGCAGCCCUACACAACUUCUAAAGAUGGUGGACCAGGAGUGCCCAAUCUUCAACUUUUUGAUGUGAAUACUGGAAAGUUCUUAAAGUCGUUCAUCCAGAAAAAGAUGCAGAACUGGUGUCCUUGCUGGUCAGAUGAUGAAAGCAUAUGCGCCAGGAGUGUUAACAAUGAACUGCACUUCUUUGAAAACAACAACUUCAGUACAAUUGCAAAUAAACUUCAUUUGCAAAAAGUCACCGAUUUUGUGAUAUCGCCAGGGGACCAGCCAACUAAGGUUGCUGUCUAUGUUCCUGGAAGCAAAGGAGCUCCAUCUUUCGUAAGGCUGUAUCAGUACCCAAACUUUGGAGGCCCGCAAUCUGCAUUGGCCAACAAGAGUUUCUUUAAAGCUGAUAAGGUGACGAUGCUGUGGAAUAGUAAAGCUACUGCUGUGCUUGUAAUCGCUAGUACAGAAGUUGAUAAAACGGGAGCAUCGUAUUACGGAGAACAAAAUCUGCAUUACAUCGCAACGAAUGGGGAAAGUGCUGUCGUACAACUACCAAAAAAUGGUCCUAUUUAUGAUGCAACCUGGAGCCCCAAUUCCGCAGAGUUUUGUGUCGUCUAUGGUUUUAUGCCUGCCAAGGCUACAAUCUUCAAUCUGAAAUGCGACCCUGUGUUUGACUUUGGAACCGGCCCACACAAUGCUGCCUACUACAGCCCUCAAGGACACAUCUUAGUCUUAGCUGGAUUUGGGAAUCUCAAUGGGCAACUGGACGUGUGGGACGUUAAAAACUACAAACUCAUUUCGAAACCACAGGCCUCGGAUUCCACGUACUUUGCCUGGUGCCCCGAUGGGGAACAUAUUGUAACAGCUACAUGUUCUCCAAGGCUACGGGUUGGGAAUGGGUACAAGAUCUGGCAUUACACAGGCCCUGUCCUAUACAAGUAUGAAGUCCAGCAGAACGCAGAACUUUGGCAAGUUGCCUGGCAACCCUUUUUGGAUGGCGUCUUUCCAGCGAAGGCGGUAACAUAUGCUGUUCCGAGCAAAGUGCCGAACGAUGAGCCCAAGGCUGCCCAAGCUUACAGGCCCCCAGCUCUGAGAAACAAACCUGUGACUAGCUCUAAACUUCAUGAGGAUGAACCACCACAGAACAUGAGACCAAAAAAUGGCGAUAAACCUUUAUCUAAAACAGCACUCAAAAAUCAAAGGAAGCACGAGGCAAAGAAAGUUGCCAAACAGGAGGCCAGAGCUGAAGGGAGCCAGGAAGUUACUCCAGCCGCACCAGUACAGAAUGCAUCACAGAAUGCGGCUCCCUCCAUAACAUCAGGAGAUCCUGAGGUUGAUAAGAAGAUAAAGAACCUGAGGAAGAAACUAAAAGCAAUUGAACAGCUGAAGGAUCAGGCUGCUACAGGCAAACAGCUAGAGAAAAACCAGUUGGAGAAAAUUCAGAAAGAGGCUGCCCUCCUUAAGGAGCUGGAAGAGUUGGAGCUGGGUGUUUAGAAAGAAGACAGAUGAAACUCACGGGUUCGUUCUGUAGAAUCAUUUAAUAAUAAAAGACUGAAAAUGCUCAUUUAAAAACACUAUACACAGCUACAUUUUUAUUUCCUUGUCCCUAAUAUAUGGAUACAUGUAAAAAUUUUGAGCAGAAGUAUUGUAAAUCAAAAUGAGGCAAAAAAUUUGCUGUGAUUCCAAAAUGGUAUUACUGAACUAAAUAAAGUACAGUGGGUCCCUCUAUUUACUCUUUGGCCAGAUAACAUAGAAGUGACCCUUAUGUAAUAAGAAGAUUGUAGAAUAUAAUAAAAAGCAUUUUCCAUUUAAUAAAGAUUUUGGUGUUCUCUUUA